UUCGAUAUCUGAUUCUGCUCUAAUUUCUUCACCUGAGACUGUUCUUGAUAUAAAGUCAUCAUCAAAUACAAGUUUACCUAUAAGAUCACAAACACCCGUUUCUGAGUAUCCUCCCGCUGUAGCACAAUCUAGUGCAGUUCAUGGUUCAGAAUCAACAUUAUCACUUCGUAUAUCAGCGUGUCCUACGAAUGCGGAAUUACCACAGCAACCAGAUUAUUAUACAGUAGGAGAUCCUUUAUCUUUAGGUCCUAAACGAAAAUCAGAAGAAGAAAUAAAAAAGAGCAGUAAAAAACUUCAAGCAUUUUAUCGUGAUCAAAAUGAUCUUAUUGAUGAAUUAUUAAGGCCGAUAGGUAAUAAACAAUCUAUUGAAGAAAUAAAUAGUAACAUCUUAAGGUUAAAAAUCGCCGUUAAUGGUUCUAUGGCUGUCAACAUUAUAUUAUUCGCACUUCAACUAUAUGCUGCAAUCAGUACUGGAUCCCUUUCUCUCUUUGCGACAAUGUCGGAUUCAUUUAUGGAUUUAUUAUCGAAUGCUAUAUUGUUAUUCGCAGGGAAAGCUGCUAAUGUAAAAAAUAUUUUACAAUAUCCAACAGGUAAAUCACGUGUGGAGACUGCCGGUAUUAUAGUAUUUUCCUCGUUGAUGACAACCGUGUCAAUUCAACUCAUUGUAGAGGCUAUUAAAACAUUUGUUGCUAAAGGAGAGAGUUCAAAAGUUACUUUACUUCCUAUAAUAUUUAUUAUUAUUGGCUUAGCUUCUAAGACCGUACUUUCAAUUUAUUGUUGGACACAGCGUCAAUUUCCACCUGCUCGUAUUCUCGCACAAGAUCACCGAAAUGAUUUGGUUAUCAAUACAUUCGGUUUAAUUAUGGCAUUGUUAGGUACACAUAUUGUGUGGUGGAUAGAUCCUCUCGGUGCUAUAACUAUAGCAUUAUUUAUUCUUUGGAGUUGGAUAAAUACUGCUUAUGAACAAAUAAAGUUGAUUGUUGGUAAGAGUGCAGAUCCUGGAUUCUUACAACGUGCUACAUAUAUCGCAUUAACACAUCAUCCAAAAGUUCUUCAAGUUGAUACAUGCCGGGCUUACCAUGCAGGUUCUAACCUUUUUGUGGAAGUAGAUAUUGUUAUGGAUAGAGAAACACCUCUUUGGGAAAGCCACGAUAUUGGUGAAAGUCUUCAGAUCAAAUUGGAAAAACUAGCGAAUGUGGAAAGAGCAUUUGUACAUGUUGAUUAUGAGACAAGCCAUAAGCCUGAACAUCAAAAAGAAGAAUGA